AUGGAGAAAGAAAAAUUCUCUACACCUCAGCCUCGAACAUGGCACUGGAGAACCAUCGUCCGGAUGGCAGCAGCCGCAGGGAUAGUGGGCCUAGUGGGGUUCAGUAAAUUCCCUACCCCAGCGCCGCGCUGGGGCUUUCGGGACGAGCCUCAAGUCCAAGACCUGCCGUAUGGAUCAUUCCCACAACCGGACGACCCGUUUCAGUUUAUCCCCUGCACUGAUGCCAGUCAUCCGCCGCCACUUGAUGACCCGACUCCGCAGCAAUCGUGGGCCUCCCUCUUCGAUGUCAAUCCAAAUCACUGGAGUUGGGGAAGCACAGGUCGGGGAAUCUACCUGUGUGGGUACUUAGACCUACCACUUGAUUAUCUCAACUUUUCAGACUCUCGUAUUGUUCGAAUUGCAGUUACCAGGUUCCAGGUCGCCGGUUUAGCCUAUAGGAAUGAUCCUAGUCUUUCACCCAAGAGCUACAGGAGUGAGCGCACUAUCAUCAUAAACCCAGGAGGCCCGGGAGGAAGCGGAACAUCUUUCCUCUGGGAGACCGCAGAGGAGAUGACCAACCGCUUCAGUGAUGGACAACUCGAUGUGCUAGGGUGGGACCCCCGCGGUGUUAAUUUCUCCCUCCCCGCCGCGGCAUGUUACCCUCAAGACGGGUUCCGGGAUCGAUGGUCACUGCUAGCACUCCGAUAUCGCGAGGAGGCCCCAAAGGCCCAACUAGAGGCUGUGGAUGCCAUGAACAACGCCACCUUCUUUGCCUGCCAGCAACGGCUGGGAGAUUUUGGUCGCUUCAUCAGCACGGCAUCGGUGGCACGCGACCUAGACGAGAUCCGAAAAGCACUUCAUGAAGAACAAGUCACAGGAUACUUGGUUAGCUAUGGUACGGGGAUUGGUCAGACAUAUGUCAACAUGUUUCCCAGCCGAGCGGGUCGUUUGAUCCUCGAUGGUACCGAAUAUGUCAGGGAUCAUCGCCUUUUAGGCGGCUUUGGCUGGACUGCUCUCGACAACGCAACGGAUGCAUGGCGCGACGGCUUCUUAGGGGAGUGUAUCAACGCCGGUCCAAAGUGGUGUGCACUGGCCAAUCCUGUUCCUAACCAGAAAGGCCCUGUCACACUUGCACAGCUGGAAGCGCGUAUGACCCAGCUGCUUGAGUCACUCAAAGCUCGCCCACGAUCCGCGUACACAGAAUUAGCUGGCCCUUCUCUGGUCACUUACUCAGCGCUCGUCGAAAAGGUUCUCUAUGGGGCUAUGUAUCGGCCGGCGGACUGGCCGGGUACGGCACAAAUGCUCUAUGAGCUCGAAGCAGGGAAUGCGACCCUAGCCGCCAAUUUCCUAGAUCUCUCAUGGAGCGACCAUUCCAAAAAUCCAUUCUAUCCACAUGUUCCAUCUUCCACUGAACUCGAUUCCCUCGUGAUCUGUGCUGAUUCGUACGAUGCGCCCCUUCCAGACGGACUUGAAUGGUGGGAUCAGUUGUGGGAGUCAAUGUCCUCCCAGAGCUGGCUAGCUGGAAACUCCCGCUUCUUUGCAGUUCUGCCUUGUCGAUAUUACAAUACCUAUUGGGAUCGUCCUUCGGAAGUGUAUCGCGGCGAUCUCAACAAUACUCUCAAGACCCCUACCCUGCUUAUCGCUUCCCCGUAUGACCCUGCAACCCCGUUGCGAAAUGGAAGAAGGUUACUAGCAGAAAUGGGCCAAAAUGCCCGGUUGAUUGUUAAUCACGCUUAUGGGCAUAGCUCUAGACGUGACAGAUCGGACUGCACAGAUCGAGUUGCUAAGGCUUAUAUUCUACAUGGCAUUCUUCCCGAGGAACAGGAAAUUCACUGCUACGCCAAUAACAAGCCUUAUGUCCGUGAACUUGUAAGUAACGAAUGA